GUCUUUAAAAUUGUCCUUGUUGGAGACUCUGGAGUUGGCAAGACCAGUUUUAUUCAUCGAUUUUGCUACGAUGACUUUGUUGAGGACCAUCGAGUUACACUAGAUAUUGGAUUUGAAAUGUCUACUGUCAUGGUUGAUGAUACGCCGGUUUCAUUGCAAGUAUGGGAUACUGUCGGCCAAGAAAGAUUUCGUAGUCUUCCGCAAUCCUAUUACCGGGAUGCUAAUGGAAUUCUUUUACUCUACGAUAUUACACGACAAGAAUCUUUUGCCAAUAUACAAGGAUGGAUUGCAGACAUUAAGGAUAACGCUAGUGAGAACGUAUUAAUUAUGAUUACCGGUAACAAAUUGGAUUUACAAGAUCAAAGAGAAAUCAAAUCUGACACCGGCUCACGUUUAGCUAUGCUUCAUGACGCCAUGUUUACAGAGUGUAGUGCUAAAACUGGCGAAAGUGUUGAAGAAAGCUUUCAUCAGUUAGUUCGGUAA